AAGAAUCUCAUUAAGUGUUGUUGAAGGUAUCAAGACUGACUGUUCACUAUGAAUAAUUUCCAGGUUUUGCUCAAUAUAUUUCUUGUGAUAUGUUACUGUAUAUGUGAAAAUGUGAUCGAUGUUGAUGAUUUUCUUUCUCCGGAAUAUAUGCCGACCACUUUGUUGAUGUUGGAAAAUCCGAUCAGCAAUAAGACUAUCAGAUUUUCCAAUAUGACUUCUGUAGCCGGAUUUGAUGGAAGUUUAGAUAAAGCUAUUGUCACCAUGGGAUAUCACAGACAGAUGAUGAACGAAUAUUUAUGUAGAAAUUACAUAGCUGAACAAAUAGUCCACGACAUGUCGAUGUCGCAAAUAAACAAACGAAUGGGAGUAAUAAGCCACGGACCUGGAUUAAGUACUCUCCAAUCUGCAGAAACAAAAUCUAUACAGAAUGGGUUAUUGGAAGACGAAGGGUCAUCCAACUACAAAAACUGGCUUUCUAAGAGCACAACUUUAGAGGAUAUAUACAAGCAUUACGAGAUGGACAAGAGAUCAGAUGCAAUCAAAGAUGAAGAGGAGAGAGAAGAUGAAGCUUACGAUGAGCAAGUUUUAGGAUAUGAUUACAUUCACCAACCAAAACCAACUCAUUCACCUGCGAAACUUGGACAUAGUGGCGAAGGAAUAUUUGUAUCAGGAGGAGGUGGAUAUCCACAUCCACAUCCAUCCAGUAGCGGGGCAGGAUAUUUUGGCGGGUCAAGUAUUGGAGGGCAUUCUGGUGGAGGUUCAUAUGGGGGAGGACAUCAUCCAAUCAUACAUGAGCAAGUGAUUCAUGUACCUAAGCAUCAUCACCAUAUUAAGUACGUUGACAAGAAAGAAGGCCUCACAGAACUUUUUGAGAUUGCGCUCACAGCAUUGGCUUUCCUUUCAUUUGGGAUGUUCAUCGUUCACGUUGUUAUGUGCAUAUCAAUGACUACCAAUACAACGACAACAGCUAUGGGGAUGAUGAUGCCAACAAAUACAGGUAUUACCGAAACAUCAACUUCUGGAAUGGAUCAAGAAGGUGUUGUAGAACCGCCAGGUGGUGAUGGAGGUGGCAUGCCUGGAGUAGAAGGAGAUGAUAUUGGAGGCGAUGGCAUGGGUGGAGGAGAUGGAGGGGGAGAUGAUGCUGAAGGUGGUGGUGAAAUGGGGGAAGGUGGUGGGGAUACAGGGGAAGGUGGUGAUAUGGGAGGCGAUGAUAUGGGAGGUGGAGGUAUGGAAGUAGAUACUGGAGGUGGAGAUGACAUGGAAGGUGGAGAUCCAAGCCCACCAGAUAUGGAAGAAGGAGAAAUGGGAGGUGAUACUGCUGGUGGUGAUGAUAUGGGUACAGGAGGUGGUGGAGAUGAUAUGGAAGGAGGCACCACAGGUGAUGAAAUGGGAGGGGAUGCCCCAGGUGGAGAUGAUAUGGAAACUGGAACAGGUGAACAAGAUAUGGGAGGUGAUGAAAUGGAAGGAGGUGAUGCUGGUGAUGCAGAUACGGGAGAAAGUGAUAUGCCAGGUGGUUCAGAAAACGGAGACGGAAUGGAGACUGAGGGAAAUGGGGAUGAGGGUCAAAUAGAUACGGAGGGUGGUAAUGAGGAAGGCAUGAGUGGUGGUGGUGGUGAUAAUGAAAACGGUGGAGAAGACAUUGAACAAGGUGGUGGUGAUGAUAGCGGUGAUAAUUUAGACAUGGAUAGUGAAAGGAUUAAGGAUUUAUUCUUUUUGAAUGGGGAUUUUCGGAAUCAGUUAUUGCGUAAGAAAGUAAUGGAAAGACUUGGUAUAGUCGAUAAUACUAAUGAGCAACAAAGAAAUAUGAUUCCUUUGAACGGUUUUCAUAGCAUCAAAUAUGAAAGAGGUACCGGUACCGCUACUGGAGGUACAGCGACUGGUGGAACUUCUACAGGAGGAACAGCGACAGGAGGUACAGCAACAGGAGGUACAGAUACACGAGGUACAUCGACUGGUGGAGGGACUGCAACAGGAAGCAGAAUUCAAGAUGAUAUCACCGUGGAAACGGAAGAGGCUGUUGAGGUACCUGUAGGACCAGCUUUUGAUGGAACGGGUAGCUACAGCAGCACUAAUUAUAGAAACAGAAGGGAUGUGCCAAAAGUGGUGGAUCCUAAUAAUUUCGCUUUGAAUGAGUUGGCUAGGAGAGUUCUCGUGUCCAUAGAGGCCGCUACUUUAGCAAGUACUGAUAAUGGAGUCUGUUUGAGGAAAACAUUAUGUGAAAACAACAGAUACUCCAGGCAAUUGGAAGAUACCAAUAAAAUUUGGAUACCUGUUUGGGGUUUGGGGAUGAGUUGGCUGACCAGUAGACUAGGUAUUAAUGCUCAUCCAUAUACAUCUAUGUUGGAUAGUCUCAAAGCAUCGAUAUUAGGUUUAGGGAGAGCAAAAUGUGAAAUUCUAUAUCAAAACUGUGAUUUAAACAAAAGAAGAAGAAAAGCCAAAAGAUCGAGAAAACAAAAACAGAAGAAAUGAGUUAAAAAGAAGAGAUAUUGUCCAACAUGAGU